AGGGGAAAAAAUUUUAAAUAAACAUUUCAUUUUUAAAACAGGAAAACCUUUUCUUUCAAAAAAAAACAAUAAUAUAAUAAUUUAAAAAAUUGUCAAUUUUUUGUGAGUAUAUAAAUUGCGAGAAAUUUGUUUUCAACAUCAAUUUUAAGUUUUGUUUUCAAGAAGACUAACAAUCUGAGCAAUAACAAAAAAAGAUGAAAUACACACUCAUACUAUUGUGCAUUGGACUUUUCGUCUUAGUCGUAGAUGCUAAUCAUGAUUGUGCAGGCGUUGGUGAACAUUGUCAUAAAAAUCGACAAUGCUGCCGUAAUCUUCUAUGCAAUGACAGGGAAAAAAAAUGUGUGAGAAGAGGCAGUCCUCAAGAUUGCCUACGAGAGAGACAAGGAUGUCAGAAUGACAAACAAUGUUGUCGUAAUCUUCGCUGCAAUGAAGAAAAAAGAUGUGAAAAGCGAAGGGGAUGAGACAUUGAAUUUUACAAAUCAAUUUUGUUCACAACUGGAUGGUUUAAAGUUGGUCAAACAGACCAAAAAGUGAAGAAAUUUCAAAAUUCAAAUAUUAAAAAAAAAAAAAUUAUUUAAUAGACAAUAUAUAAAAAAAUCUACAACUUUUUUCCUCUACUUUGUAAUUCGA